AUGGGCAAGGCUUGUCGCGACAUGGCGGAGGCGCUGCGCGACUGCAUGGUGCAGCAGGAGUGCAUGGCGGACGGCACCAAGACGCUCAAGCAGUGUCUGCACGACCGCGCGUACUCGCACGAGUGCCAGGAGUACCGCGUGGCCUACUUCGAGUGCAAGCGCGGCCAGCUGGACAUGCGCCAGCGGAUCCGAGGCCCGAAGGGAGGCAUGUCCAAGCCCGCGGACGGCAACUGA